UCAAACAAUACAAUCCGUCGGAGUUGAUUCUUCUCCCCGCUGGUGCCUAUUGUUCCUCCACCCUUGCGAGGACGCUUGGUCGAGCUGUCUCUUCGGAUCAAUCGUCUGCACAUUUUGCACAUUGGCAAUGACACGCUCCUAGCAUUCAAUCUUUACUUCUUCUUCCCUCCCAUCCUCCCCUUUCCUCAUCCCCGAACAGAAAAACACCCCCAAAUCCAACAAACACCACGACACCAAAAGAACCCCCCUAUUCCUAACCAUCCUAGAACAAUGUCCUCGUCCCCCGAAUUCAGCUCCUCAUCCACCACCACCUCUCACGUCGCCGCCGACGAACCCCCCACCUGGCGUCCCCCACGACCAAACACAACAACAACACCACCACCCGCAGCCGAAAACAUGUCCUCCAACUCACCACCCCUCGACGCCUCCAACUACCCCGGCGGCAAAAAGUCGCUGGCUGGCAUCUCCCUGCGCGCCUUUCUCAUCGGCACCACCCUCGGGCUCUCCGCCUCGCUGACCCUCACGCUGCGCCUCUUCUCCGACACGCCCCUCUGGCGCGUCCCCUUCUUCCUCGCCUCGCUCUGCGUCUUCCACUUCCUCGAAUACCACGUCACCGCCGCCCACAACACGCGCUACGCCUCCGUCUCCGCCUUCCUCCUCUCCUCCAACGGCUGGGCCUACAACAUCGCCCACACCUCCGCCGCCCUCGAAUGCCUCCUCGCAUACUUCUUUUACCCACGCGAGAGCUACUUCACUUGGUCCGGCCCCGUCGCCGCCCUCGGCGGCCUCAAGAUCCAGCUCGUCCUAGGCCUCCUCUUCAUGGCCGUCGGCCAGACGAUCCGCACGCUCGCCAUGGCCCAAGCGGGGAGUAACUUCAACCACACGGUCCAGGUGGAGCGCAAGAACGGACACAUGCUGGUCACGCACGGCGUGUACGCGGUCCUGCGUCAUCCCAGCUACUUCGGGUUCUUUUGGUGGGGACUCGGUACCCAGCUCGUGCUGGGGAAUGUCGUCUGCUUCGUGGGGUAUUUUGUCGUGUUGUGGAAGUUCUUUCAUAGUCGCAUUCAGAGAGAGGAACGAUUCCUGAUUGCCUUCUUCGGGGACGAAUACGUACAGUAUAAGAAGAGAUCCACUGUAGGGAUCCCUGGAAUCUGGUGA